AGAGAGAGAGGUGGAGAGAAGGAAGACCUCAGCUUUGAAUGCAGACACGAAUCACGGGAAUCACGCGUGUGCUGUUCUCUGUAACUCCACAUGGCAGAUCCUGCGUGAUAUGACACGGGUGGUUUUGGCUACGUAGUUAUGGACACUGGAGAAGUCGCAUUUCCGAAGAUGUAAAGCCGAACCUUCAUCUCCAGCCACAAGCUCAUCUACAGUCAGCAUUCGUACAUUCUGGACCUGUUACCAUUGGACUGGCACCACUGACCCUGUGGAUACCUCUCCAGAGCGCAGAGGAUUUGCGCAAUUUCCAAGACAGCACCAAAUUACUUAUUUACUUUACUUGGAUGAGUUUUCUCUCCAUUUGGUGUUCUUUGCUUUUGCAUCCUAACCCUUGUUGUAUCGUUAGGUCUUAAUUUUGACAAACAACAGUUCAAUAAUGACCGUCGAUGUCAUUUCGUUGUAAUCCAGUUCGUAUGUGUUUUUUAUGAAAUGCGUAAAAAGGAAAACACCGCGCGUCCUACAUUUUCUUCGGAUGAAGUCUCUUUUGGCGUGUCGGCCACAUUCCAGUGAAAAUCUAUGGAAGUAAGGCAGUUUGCAUUGAAGUUAAUUUAAGGUGGGAGCUGGGAUUAUUUUCUGCGGGAAGGAGUGAGGAUGCAGUCGGGGAUGCGAGCGCUCUGUGCCGGCGGAGGCGCGUCUCUCUGCUGCCUUCUCAUGUUGUGGAUGAUCUACACCCACCUCCUUAAAGAAGGUCAGCUGGCAGUCGGCACGUGCGAGAUAGUCAUGUUAAACAGGGACAGCAGUCAACCCAAGCGCACUAUCGCCAGGCAGACGGCCCGCUGCGCCUGCCGUAGAGGACAGAUCGCUGGCACUACAAGAGCCCGACCAGCAUGCGUGGAUGCUCGGAUAGUGAAAAACAAGCAGUGGUGUGAAAUGACUCCGUGUUCAGAAGGCGAGAUUUGCGGGCUGCUUUUCAAUCGCUCCGGUUGGACCUGCACCAAAGGCGGCGGCCGUAUUAAAACCGUCACGCCUUUGCCCAAGGAGCCAUCUUAAAGGACUUCAGAUCGCCAUAAGGAGGCUUUCUGACAUUCACAGGAACGUCGCCAAUCCGGAAUCAUCCAUCAGCCCCACGUUCGUGUCCAUCUUCUCAUCUCGGCGCUAUAGAAAUCAGCUGCCUCAUUCCCUAUCGUCCCCAAAAAGGAAAUGGAGCCCAGUCAGUCAAGCAUCUGUACGGUUACACGCAGGUCCCAGCGGUGAGCAACAAAACCUCUUACAGCGGCGGACGGCUCGCAAGCAUUUCUUAGCAAAACCUUGACAUCAUUCAUCUCAGCUGUUUAUGUUUUGAGCUAGCCAGGAGAACAUUUUGCUCGCUUUCCAGUUAAGCCAACAAAGAAGACUGCUCGCUCCCCUUUGAAACAAACGUCAAGUUUUUCACGGAGGCCAUAUAGCAUCAAUGGUAGUUGGACCUUGUGGGAGUUUUUCACACUCACCACCUGCGAGCAAGGACGUGUUGUUGCGAAAGGGCCAAGGACGUUCUGAGAUGAAUCUACACAGAUGUUUGGGUCUCGGUGCAAGGAGAACAUGUCCCCUGUUUUUGUCAUGAGUAUGAACGGUUAAACUGCACACGCAUUCAUUUGAUCAAUUGAGAACGGACCAAAACAGCAGAUUUGACCUUGGUGUCACAAUGCUUCUGUGGCCGUAUGGACUCUUUGUUGUAAGCUGUACGAAUUGCAAUGCACCGAACCUGUCAGCUCAUAUCAUGGGUGAUUUAAAGAUUUGCUGGAUCUCAUCUGUCUUUUUCUCUCUGGGGGCGCUCUUUCACUAUCUGCUUUAAAUGUCUGUCUCUCAUUUCUAUGAAUACUUUAUUUUGACUGUAAAUUGACACUUGCAAUGGAGUAUUGACCUAGAUAGGAAAUAAAGGGUGUGUCUAUGUAAAUGUGCACAAAGCUUUGGGAAGUCUCUUCAUGGGUCCAGCUUGUUGGGUCAUUUCUUAAUAUACGUCUUUGAUCUUGGGACGUGUACUUUAAUUUAAAUAAGUAAUCAAAACGAAAUGAUGUAAUCAAGUGGGCACUUUCUAUUCGUGUUGACUUUAAGUACAGGACUUUAGGCUCUUACUUAAUAUAAAUAUUGAAGAAAUCUGCCUCUCGUAAAGUUAAAUCAAUUCUCUGCCCACAGCCGGUCGAGAAGAUCAAACCGUAAGGGGUUAAACGACGGAUGUAACUGGUUGCACGAAGCGGACGAAAUCACGACGUGUGAGAAGAUGAAAGAGUAAAAGAAUAUAGUCACUUUCAGUGAACAGUAGUAAUUCAUCAGUCUCGAGGGCCCGGCUCCCUGAGUUGUGAAUUUUAAUGGUGUUUUUAUGGUUCCUAAUAAAGUCUGUUAUGCUUCUGGCAAAUAUGCAGACCACGACAUCCCUCGCUUCCAAUUACUGAGAAACUCAAGGAGAUUCUGUGUUCAUUCGUUAUACUGCACGCUUACCCAGGACUCUCUCUCUCUCUCUCUUACUUUCUCUCUCUCCAUCUCUCUCUUUCAGACUUUCUCUUUUAGAGGCCAUUUACAUGACACUGUUUUUAACUAAAAACUUUUAGGAGCCUAAGGGGCGAUUCACAAUUUGCGUCUUUUGCGCACGCAAAUAUGUUAUAUUGAAUGUAGCUGCCCGGCAAGCAAGCUCAAAUAGAAAGCGACACAAUCGUGACUCACA